UGCCGGAGAGGCUGACGGAGCCGGGCUCGCCGGGGCGCCGCUGCCGAGGCACGGUUGCGGUGCUGGGGCUGGGUGGCGGCCGGGGGCCUGAGUGGGGCCCCGCGGAGGUCGCAGGGCCUGGGCGGCGGAAUGAUGGAGGAGGAGGAGCUGGAGUUCGUGGAGGAGCUGGAAGCGGUGCUGCAGCUCACGCCCGAGGUGCAGCUGGCCAUCGAGCAGGUAUUUCCAAGCCAGGACCCUCUAGAUCGAGCAGAUUUCAAUGCUGUCGAGUAUAUCAAUACCCUGUUCCCAACAGAGCAAUCUCUGGCAAACAUAGACGAAGUCGUGAACAAAAUUAGGCUGAAAAUAAGGAGACUGGACGACAAUAUUCGAACUGUUGUAAGAGGUCAGACGAAUGUGGGGCAGGAUGGACGGCAAGCACUUGAAGAGGCUCAGAAAGCUAUCCAGCAACUCUUUGGCAAAAUCAAAGAUAUCAAAGACAAAGCUGAAAAAUCAGAGCAAAUGGUGAAAGAAAUCACCCGUGAUAUUAAGCAGUUAGAUCAUGCGAAACGCCACCUGACCACCUCGAUCACAACACUGAACCACCUGCACAUGUUGGCAGGAGGCGUCGAUUCCCUCGAAGCCAUGACCAGGCGAAGACAAUAUGGAGAAGUUGCUAAUCUCCUUCAGGGUGUAAUGAAUGUCCUGGAGCACUUCCACAAGUACAUGGGGAUUCCACAGAUCCGGCAGCUUUCUGAAAGAGUGAAGGCUGCGCAGACUGAGUUAGGACAGCAAAUCCUGGCCGAUUUUGAAGAAGCAUUUCCUUCCCAGGGCACUAAGAGACCGGGAGGACCCAGCAAUGUUCUACGAGAUGCGUGUCUGGUUGCUAAUAUUCUGGACCCCAGAAUCAAGCAGGAGAUCAUGAAAAAGUUUAUUAAACAGCAUCUGUCAGAGUAUCUAGUACUUUUUCAGGAAAACCAAGAUGUUGCCUGGCUGGACAAAAUCGACAGACGCUACGCCUGGAUAAAACGCCAGCUUGUGGACUAUGAGGAGAAAUACGGCCGCAUGUUUCCACGUGAGUGGUACAUGGCUGAGAGGAUUGCAGUAGAAUUUUGCCAUGUAACAAGGACAGAACUUGCCAAGAUUAUGCGGACCAGAGCGAAGGAGAUUGAAGUGAAGUUGCUUCUUUUUGCUAUUCAGAGAACAACUAACUUUGAGGGGUUUCUUGCAAAACGCUUCUCCGGCUGCACCCUGACAGAUGGGACCCUGGUAAGACCUUCCCAAGGGAGUCUGCGACAUGAAAAAAAGCUUGAGUCUCCACCCACUUCUACCAAUCCCUUCCUGGAAGAUGAGCCAACACCAGAGAUGGAGGAACUGGCAAUGGAGAAAGGAGAUUUAGAUCAACCAAAGAAGCCCAAAGCACCAGACAAUCCAUUUCAUGGCAUCGUUUCCAAGUGCUUCGAGCCUCAUCUCUAUGUGUACAUCGAAUCCCAGGAUAAGAACCUCGGAGAGCUGAUAGAUCGGUUUGUGGCUGAUUUCAAAGCCCAGGGGCCCCCUAAGCCCAACACUGAUGAAGGGGGUGCUGUGCUCCCCAGCUGUGCCGACCUCUUUGUCUAUUACAAGAAGUGCAUGGUGCAGUGCUCCCAGCUCAGCACUGGGGAGCCAAUGAUCGCCCUGACCACCAUUUUCCAGAAGUACCUCCGAGAAUAUGCCUGGAAAAUCCUCUCUGGCAACCUGCCCAAAACCACAACCAGCAGUGGAGGGCUAACCAUCAGCAGCCUCCUCAAGGAAAAGGAGGGCUCAGAAGUAGCCAAGUUCACUCUGGAGGAGCUCUGCCUCAUCUGCAGCAUCCUGAGCACAGCAGAGUAUUGUCUGGCCACUACUCAGCAGCUGGAAGAAAAACUCAAAGAAAAAGUGGAUAUAAGUUUGAUUGAGCGAAUCAAUCUGACUGGAGAGAUGGACACAUUUAGCACCGUCAUCUCCAGUAGUAUUCAGCUGCUGGUUCAGGAUCUGGAUGCUGCCUGUGAUCCUGCCCUGACCGCCAUGAGCAAGAUGCAGUGGCAGAAUGUGGAGCAUGUCGGUGACCAGAGCCCCUACGUCACCUCAGUCAUCCUUCACAUCAAGCAGAACGUGCCCAUCAUCCGUGACAACCUGGCUUCCACACGGAAGUACUUCACUCAGUUCUGCAUCAAAUUUGCAAACUCCUUCAUUCCCAAAUUCAUCACCCACCUCUUCAAGUGCAAGCCGAUUAGCAUGGUGGGAGCGGAACAGCUGCUGCUGGACACCCACUCCCUGAAGAUGGUCCUGCUUGAUCUCCCCUCCAUCGGCUCGCAGGUGGUGAGGAAGGCGCCCGCCAGCUACACUAAGAUCGUUGUCAAAGGCAUGACCCGGGCGGAGAUGAUCCUCAAGGUGGUGAUGGCCCCUCAUGAGCCGCUGGUGGUGUUCGUCGACAACUACAUCAAACUCCUCACAGACUGCAACACGGAAACCUUCCAGAAGAUCCUGGACAUGAAGAGACCUCUCUGAUAGCUGGGUGAGAGGUGCGCAGGCUGGAGAACAUUCUGUGUGGAGCUGCGGUGGUCAAGGUGUUCCAGUCUUCAAAUACAGCUCAGGGUCGGCGCUAACUACCGUCACUCCUGCCUCUCUCCGGAACAAAGAACCAGCACCAAGGACGCUGCCCACCCCAAGAAGCGUGCCUGGUUUCUCAUGUCUAGGGUUGCUCCUCCGAGCAGACAAGCCGAGACCAGCGAGACGGUUACGGGGCACGCAGAGUGAUGGGGGCGGAUCUGAGGCUACUGCCUGGAGCGGGGGACGGCACACCGAGCCUUCCUGAACUGCCAUCGGAUGAGGAGACCUGGUUCCCUGUUUGCAGAAGGUCAGGGGAAAUGCUGAAGAGCACUCGGAAUAACCUGCCUGCUUGAGGGUGACGGCAAGUGUUCCACACUUGUCUACUCCAAGUCAGAUUCCUAAAAAUAAAAUCUUAGAAACAUGGACAUGGGAAACGCUGGCCUACAUGAAGAGUACGGUUGCAUUUUAUCUGUUAAAUAAGAAUUCCUAGAAUAGCCUCUUGGACCCUCAGAGUUCUACACCUUUGGGAGAGAUAAAUUUCCUUAAAAUAAAGGGAUUGCUUUUUUAUGUAAAUAGCUUUCAUUUUCCCCAUCUGGAAGUGAUUUCUCCUUGCGUGGUGGAGUGCAGAAGGCUGCAGUUAAUUAAAGUCUGACUGGAUAUCA